GCCCCGCUCUAUCCCGAUGUCACACCACCUUGCGCUCUCAAGCUUGAGCUGUGACUCUGCAGUCUGCCACAUGACAAACACCUUGCGGACAACAUUACAACUUUGCCAGCACAAGUUUUCUUCGGUGCACCGGUCUUUGCAGCGUCUCAAAGCACAGGACAAGUAUGGACAAGUGGCGUUGGUUUGUGUCGCGUUGGACCUCGAGUCGCCCCGAGUCGUGCUUGGACCUCGAAAGAUGACCCAUGGACAUGUUUAAAGGCUUGCCAACCGUGAACACGGUGGAGGCCAUCACUCUUAGGUGCAAUUUGCAUGUGGUGCGAAAGCUGCAAGGAGCUAUAGCUGAGCUGCUUCACUUGAUUUGGGCUCAGAACACCCACGGUUUUGUAUGUAUUACCCUGAAAGCAUGCCCAAAAUGGGGGUGACCAAGAUCUUGGCCAUCCUGGCUGGGUGUCGAACCCUUCAGGCGGCCAUUUCAGAGAGCUUGAUCUCGUCAGAUGAGUGUGAGGAUGAACAGUGUACUUUGAACGCGCUGCAAGUAAGGGGACGCAAGGUCUCUGAGGAAUUGGUCAGGGAGGCAGACACAGAGGCCUUCAAGGUUCCUGAUGUGCUUUCUUCCUCAUUCCUUGAGACUGAUCACCUUGCCAACGCGUCCGAAGAGGUGGCAAUCCCGCGGUUCUACCCACUCAACCACGGCUGGCACAAGGUUGCUGUCGAUGGUGGAGACACAGUGGGCUUCAUGCGAGCUUCUUUGAAAGCCUGUGAAUACUUCUGCGCCAGCACAAAGGGCUGCCACAGCAUUGUCUCCUGCCCCAAGACCCGUGCGUGUCAGCUGAAAUCUGCAGUUUUGGAUGGCACGGAGAAAUGGAAGCACGACCCAUAUUGCCAGACGUGGUAUGUGAACAUGGCAAGCGCUACGGUUGGUAAAUGGGGAGGAAGACCUGUGGAGUACAAGCAGUGUGACAAGGGCACAGUUCCCAAGGGUGCUGAGUGUGUCAAAGCUGACGGCCCUGCGAGCAUGACCUUCUAUCAAUACAGCGCGCAGAAGAAGUACGACCCUGACCGCGUUUGGGAGAAUGUGGACAUGGCAAGUCUCGGUGGAGUACUGUUUUAUCUUCACAAUGAAGUGGUGGACAGCAAGGGUGAGCAGCUGUCCAAAGAUGGAAAGAGAUCGACAAAGUUCGACAUUGAUCGUAUUGUGCGUUUCAAAGUGACUGUGCACAACACAGAGGCUCUUUGGAAACAAUUCCGUUCACAGUUUGGACAAUUCAUUCAGUUCGACUAUGGGCAAGCCACUUUUGGUAUGCCUGACCAUGUGAAGAAAUGCAAUGAUAUUUGGACAAAGUUUGGUUUUGAAGUUGGAUGCCAAGUAGUUCCAACGGGAGUCUCUGGAUAUGAAGGCGGGUUUUGGAGCUCCUUCCCGGGACGCUGCCCCUCCAUGCCCUUCACAGACGAUUCUCCCCAGGGUGGUCAGAAGAAGACAAGCACUUGCAUGAGAGAUUGGGCAGGAGGCUCUUGCCCAGAGCCUGACGGGACACCUGAUUGCACUUGGCACAUCGAGCCUGCUGGAUAUGUCAUGCUCAGCGAGCUCAUGGGAGAAGAUGCCGAUCAGAUUCUGAAUUCUGGAGGCCACCUUUAUGAUGAGGUCUUGGACCGUGGGGUGGGAACAAGCAACAACUUCUGGGCCAAGAAGAAGGACAAAGCGGCAUGGAGACCGAGAUCACACACCAAAAACGAUGCGGGCUUGGAGACCGCUGCUGCAUGCACAGCACGCAUGAACAAGCUCUUGAUGCUCUUCGCCAAGAAAUUUCCAGAUUUCGAUGCUGCUCUUCCUGAACCUUCCUGCGAUUUCUGGCGAUGACUGGCCCAGAACAAGUCCUGCAGCAACCUGUGGCAACAAAUAUGUGUUUUUUUGUUUCCAUAUUUUCCAUCCCCUGCUUUCCUUGUAAGGACGUUCAUGUAAGAACAAUCACACGCUAAUUGUGAGGUCCAAGACAUCAAACAUGC